AGUUGCCUAGCAACAGACCUAGGCCCGCCGGACCACCCGGCCGUGCGGGCUGCGCGAAGGCGACUCAGGCUUUCACUAAAUCUGUUGGCAAUGUCUAUGAUCUUAUCUGCCUCAGUGGUCCGUGUUAGAGAUGGGCUCCCGCUAUCUGCCUCUACAGAUUAUGAGCAAAGCAUGGGAGUGCAGCAAUGUAGAAAAUAUUUUAAAACACUCUCGAAGAAGCUUGCUCAGCUUCCUGAUAGAUGUAUGCUGAAAGCGGGCCAGUAUAAUAUAAAUUUUAUUAGCUCUCUGGGAGUGAGCUACAUGAUGCUGUGCACUGAAAAUUACCCCAGUGUUCUGGCUUUCUGCUUCCUGGAUGAGCUUCAGAAAGAGUUCAUCACCACGUACAAUAUGAUGAGGACAAAUACUGCCAUCCGGCCAUACUGUUUCAUAGAGUUUGAUAAUUUUAUUCAAAGGACCAAGCAGAGAUAUAAUAACCCACGGUCUCUGUCGACAAAGAUAAAUCUUGCUGACAUGCAGACAGAAAUCAAGCUGAGACCACCUUAUCAAAUUUCCAUGUCUGAACUUGGUUCAACUAAUGGAUUGGCACACUUAUCUGCUGCAGAAUUUAAGGGUACUGGUAAGAUAUCUACUGCUCCUCAUCAACGACUGGAAGCUGUUACUCUGCCAGGGAUUGUUUCAUUUAUACUGAGCCUGUUAUGUGGGGCUUUGAAUUUAAUUAGAGGAUUUCAUGCCAUAGAAAGUCUUCUGCAGAACGAGGGUGAAGAUUUCAGUUAUGUCAUUGCGUUUUUCCUUGGAACAGCAGCCUGCUUGUAUCAGUGUUAUUUAUUUUUAUACUGCACAGGCUGGCGGAAUGUCAAAUCCUUCCUGACUUUUGGUUUAAUCUGCCUGUGUAACAUGUAUCUGUACGAACUGCGCAAUCUCUGGCAGCUCUUCUUCCACGUGACAGUGGGAGCGUUUUCAGCAUUACAAAUACGGCUAAGACAACCACAAGGGAAGUCCCCUGAUUACAAUGUCUGACCCAAGUCCUGGGAUGUCCCAAGGCAGUCUCAGUCCACCCAUGGUUCCCUCUCAGGAAUGAAAAGCUUUUCUCCAAAAGAAGAAGUUGUGUUUUUUAUUUGUUUGUUUUUUUUUAAAAGAUCAACACAAGAUGCCUGUGGACGUUUGUGACUUGAGAACUUAGACUUAUCCUCAUUGAAGACUGAAGACACACACAAUACAGGAUUAGUGGAGGAAAAUGGGUCCUAUCCAUGCAGAGCAUUGUCCCUUGAGGACAAAUAAAAGUUUAGAGGACUUGACUGAUAGCAGGAAAAAGCCGCCUUCAAAAGUAUGAUAAUGGAAAAAGAUAUAUAUACAGGGCAUGUUCUGCAUAUCAAGUGAGCACUCCAAUUCCAAAAUCAGUUUUGCCUUUGUGAGGCAGUAGUAUAGGCUGAAUACAAAGAUGCUAUUGCAUAUUAGCAGACUAUUGGAAUGAGUGCGUUACUAAAUGUGAAACUAUUGGAUUGCACAUUAAAUUUAAUGGGAUGCGUGUAUGUGUUUUCUUAAUUAAAGCCUAACCUGGAAACAUCUGUUUAUGGGGAUUAGCUCCUUGGUCCCAGUGGCCUUCCAUCUAGUGCUGAGUUAACUAUAAAUCUUGGUAAAUAUUUUUCUCUGUAUAAUUUGUUUUUAAUGAUCUUUUGAAAGUGACCUUUAUGGACAAGUUUUAUUUAAGUAAAUAACCUA